AUGAUGAACCCUUUCAUCUACAGCCUGAGGAACAAGGACAUGAAAGGGGCGCUGAGAAAAUUCAUCAGUAGGAAAUAUGACUUCUUCCAGAGACUAGCAGCAGCAGCUCCUCUUCAUUCUGUUCCUCUGGUGUACCUGCUCGGGUUCCUGGGGAGCCUGCUCAUCAUCCUGGCCAUCAGAUCUGACCUGCACCUGCACACCCCCAUGUACUUCUUCCUCACCAACCUAUCCAGGUCCGACUUCUGUUUCCUGUCCACCACAGUCCCCAAGAUGCUGAUCAACAUUCAGACCCACUAUAAAUCCAUAUCGUACGCUGGGUGCCUAGCACAAAUAUAUUUCUUCAUUCUGUUCAGAACUCUGGACCACUUUCUUCUCACUGGAAUGGCUUAUGACCGCUAUGUGGCUAUAUGCCACCCACUCCACUACACAACCAUCAUGGGCCCACGGCUCUGUGCCCUGAUGGUAGCUGGGUCCUGGAUUAUCAGCAGUCUCCAUGCUCUGACACAUAUUUUAAUGGUGCUUCGAAUAUCCUUCUGUGCAGACAAUAGAAUCCAUCACUUCUUCUGUGCACCUAUCCAUAUCAUAAACCUUUCUUGCACUGAUCCACUCAUCAAUGAAAUAUUACUCUUUGUUCUUGCUGCUCUGUUAGGGCUAGGUCCCCUCAUGGGCCUUCUGUUCUCUUACAAUCGGAUUUUCUCCACUAUUUUAAGAAUCCAAUCUGCCGGGGGAAGGUUUAAAGCCUUCUCCACCUGUGGCUCUCAUCUGUCUGUGGUCUCCUUGUUCUAUGGCACUUCCCUUUGGGUCUACUUCAGCCCCCGGUCCACCCACAUGGCCAGGAAAGACUCUGUAGCAUCCGUGAUGUACUCAAUGGUGACCCCCAUGCUGAACCCUUUCAUCUACAGCCUGAGGAACAAGGACAUGAAAGGGGCCCUGAGAAAAUUCAUAAAGCUGGCCUCUUUGGCAUGA